CAGAAUAACGAUCCAAUCUGUUGAAUAUUUCAAUCAGGAGGCAGAAGACAAACAAGCCAUUUACCUGCGGACACGGAGGGACAGGACAUCGUGCAGGGGCCAACCACAGUGCAUCAGUCAGCUGCUGACAGUCAUGGCAACCAUUGUGAUGGAGAGAAUUGGGCGAAUGUUCAUCAGCCUGCAGCAGAUCAAGCAGGUUCCCCAGAUGCUGACUGAGGCUGCACCCUCUGUGCCCAGCACCCUAAGAGACACUGAGGUUCCCUACUGCUUCAGAGAGUGCUACGUGUGCACUGGCUACCGACCGCUCAACCAAAGCUGGCGCUACUAUCUCUUGUCUUUGUUCCAGCGCCACAAUGAGACCAUCAACAUCUGGACUCACCUGCUGGCAUUUUUAGUUUUCCUGGUUAAAUUAAGCCGGCUCUCGGAGACUGUGGACUUUGCUAAUGAUUCUCAUUCAUGGCCCCUGUUGAUUCUUGUUCUGUCCUCCUUGACCUACUCAGCAUUCAGUGUAGCAGCUCACCUACUAGGAGGCAAAUCUGAGUUGUGCCACUACACCUUCUUUUUUCUGGACUAUGUUGGGGUAGCACUGUAUCAGUAUGGCAGUGCUGUAGUUCACUUUUACUAUGCUGUGGAUGAAAGCUUGUACGGAUACAUACGUGGGAUCUUCAUGCCUGUUGCCACCUUCCUCAGCUGUCUGUCAUGCAUAGGAUGCUGUUAUGGCAAAUACUGCAACCAAACCCCACCAGCCUGGGUGCGCAAGGUGUGCCAGGUGGUGCCUUCAGUGCUUGCCUAUAUCUGGGACAACAGUCCUGUGGCUAAGAGACUCUUACUCUGGUCUCCAGCCAGCAAUGACCCAGCUAUUAGCUACCACUUUGGCCAGGUGGCUUUCUUUCUCAGCUGUGCCAGUUUCUUCACCUUCCACAUGCCAGAGCGCUGCUUCCCUGGACGAUGUGAUUUUGUGGGACAGAGUCAUCAGAUAUUCCAUAUUUUCCUAGCUUGCUGCACCUGGUGUCAGAUUCAUGCAUCCUACCUUGACUACAUGGGCCGCAGGAAGCUGUACUCACGUCUGCACCAGAGCGGUGAGGCACCUUUCUUUGUAGGACUGUAUGUGGUCACUUUGGUUGUAUGUGCACUGAUUGUUGCCUUCAUGCUGAGGAAAGUUAUGCAAGUGCUUAACUUGAAAGCCAAGUCCAAAUAAUCGAUUGGAUGUUGUAGGAUCUACACGUAGGGGUGUCCUGAUCCAGUGUUUUUGGUCUUUAUACCUUGUAUCUGAAGUAUCUGCCAAUACUAAUUCCUAUUUGAUAUUUAUAUUUACCUACAGUUAGUAUUAUUAUAUAUCUGGCAUAUUGAAGUUGACAUUAAUCUUGCACACUGUAUUUUUCAGCAACUUCUUGAUCCAAAAUAUUAUGUUGUUAGCCUAAAUAAUUUAUAUGAAUAAAAGAAUAGCUGGCCGCUGGACAACACUCAGAGCUACAGACACAUCACAGGGCAGAUACUAACUACUGCUUCUUAUUUGUAUGUGAACACACUGUAUAACCAGUCCAAUUUAGACAGCUGUUAUGGUUUGUGGACCUCGCUUCCUGGUUUUCUGUUCAUCCCCUGCCUCUCCUGUCACAUCCUCAGCCAGCACAAUCAGCCAUCAUUUCAUCCACCUGCCGCUACAUAUACAGCCCUUUUCCUCUUUGCUCCCUGCUGGUUCAUUGU